UAUAUACUAUGAUGUUCAACCUUAAAUGAGUAGUACUACAAAAUAUCAUUUUUUUUUUCCUGGAAAAUAGUACAAAAUAUAAAUCCUGUCAAACUAAUUAUUUGAGUGUCCUCCUUAAAUACGUGAAUUCUCAACUACCUUAGGCUUUCCUUGAGGAAGAAAGAGAGAGAAGUAUUCAGUAAAUGGCAGUCAAUAAACACAUAUUCUCUAAUUUAGUAAUCUUCAUCCUUCUAUGCUUCUCCAAUUUCGCUUUAUCUGUCACCGCUGAUGAUUAUGAGUGUGUAUACACAGUGUAUGUGAGAACAAGCAAGGCCAUCAGGGGAGGAACAGACGCGAUUAUCAGCGUAACAUUCUACGAUGAUACAGGCAACGGUAUACGAAUCAAAAACCUUGAGUCAUGGGGUGGGCUUAUGGGGCAAGAUCACGACUACUACGAGCGAGGUAACUUGGACAUCUUCUCAGGCCGAGGCCCAUGUCUAAGCAGGCCCGUUUGCUCCAUGGAGCUUGUGUCCGAUGGGUCUGUCGGACACCACGGUACAGCUAGGUGGUACUGUAACUACGUCGAGGUCACUACCACUGGGCCUCACAUCCAGUGUGGUCAGCAGUUGUUUACGGUUGAACAGUGGCUCUCAGUUGAUAAGUCUCCUUACCAGCUCUUUGCUGUUAGGGAUAAUUGUGAGAACUCUGAUGGAGUUAAACGACGUCGUCCAAAUAAUACACUUCUUCCUGUGGAAACCCUCCUCACUGUUGCUUCCGAUCCUCUUGAAUUCGAACCUCCUAAGUCUUGAUUAAUCACUACAUUAAUCAAGUUUAAUGGGUUUUGAAGUUUGAUUAUGUAAAAUUUUUUAUUAUAUCUGUGGACUUUUGUAUGUAUGAUCAUUUAAAUAAUUGGAGCUUCAAAGUAAUAAUGUUUGAUUUUAAUUGGCACUAUAUUGAGUAUAUAUUGUGCAAAUAUAUGCUGAUUUUUCUUA